AUGUGGACUUGGCCGAAAAAGCCUGCUUACCGCAUAAUUUUGUCACUGGACCCUGCCUUUGUUGACAAGCUUAGCGCCGUCUGUCUUAUCGGCACCGAUAUCAUAUCUGAUCUUUCUCACCCACCAUCACUUACAGACAACCCGUAUCUCGCGCACCAUUAUAAUGGGAGAAAGGGGGCAGCACCCGAGCCCGCACCAAGUCCAAGAAUAAAGGAGCCGUUGUAUGGUUUUUUGCCACGAAAAGUGAUUGGAGAACAAGUUCGCAAAGCUAUGGAUGGAGACAUAAAUCCUUUCACAAAACAGCCUCAUUCGUCUCAAUACAAGAAGAUUCUUGAAGCGCGGAAGAAACUACCCGUUUUUACGCAAAUGGACGAGUUCUUGAAAAUCUUCAGCGAAAACCAGAUAAUCAUCUUGGUCGGCGAGACAGGAUCGGGAAAGACGACACAAAUCCCACAAUUCGUUGCCUAUUCAGACUUGCCACAUACCAAAGGCAAACUUGUGGCAUGCACACAACCUAGGAGGGUAGCAGCGAUGUCAGUCGCUAAACGUGUGGCCGAUGAAAUGGACGCUUGCUCAACUGAGUCAACUCCCACAGUCCAGCUGGGCCGACACGUUGGUUACUCAAUCCGUUUCGAGGACAUGACAGAACCUGGAACAACCUUUCUCAGCUACAUGACGGAUGGUACGCUUCUACGCGAAGCCACGAAUGACCCCAGCCUUGAGCGAUAUUCCACCAUCAUUCUUGACGAAGCCCACGAACGCACUCUUGCCACCGAUAUCCUCAUGGGUCUGCUGAAAGGUGUUGCCAAGAGGCGGCUUGACCUCAAAAUCAUCGUUAUGUCGGCCACCCUCGAUGCCGCCAAGUUCCAGAAACACUUCAGCCUACGCUCCGGCGUCUUAGCAACAGUCUUCAACGUCCAAGGUCGGACACAUCCGGUGGAGAUCUUCUACACGCAAGAACCAGAACCCGACUACCUGGAGGCUGCUAUCCGAACAGUACUCAUGAUUCAUCGCGCUGAAGCUGAAGGUGACGUUUUGUUGUUCUUGACUGGGGAGGAAGAAAUCGAGGACGCAUGUCGCAAGAUCAAGGUAGACGCCGAUGAUCUCAUCAAGCAAGAUUCGGAGUCUGUCGGUCCCCUUGUGUGCAUACCUCUCUACUCGUCCCUCCCCCCACAACAACAACAACGGAUAUUCGACGCACCUCCUGCUACCCGGUCGACUGGUGGCCCACCAGGACGGAAAGUCGUCGUAUCGACGAACAUUGCAGAAACGUCGCUGACGAUCGACGGAAUCGUUUAUGUGGUAGACCCGGGCUUUUCGAAGCAGAAAAUUUACAAUCCGAUAAUACGCGUGGAGAGCCAGUUCGUCAGCGCCAUAUCAAAAGCGUCUGCUCGACAGAGGGCUGGACGUGCAGGACGUACUAAGCCAGGAAAGUGCUACCGGCUGUUCACUGAGAAGGACUUUAUAUCGGAGCUGGAGGAGCAGACUCAUCCUGAGAUUUUGAAGUCUAAUCUGAGUAAUACAGUACUGGAAAUGGCUAAACUCGGAAUCAAGGAUCUUGUCCGAUUUGGUUAUGUUGAUGCCCCUCCACCUGAGACGCUUAUGAGGGCACUAGAACUAUUGAAUUACCUCUCGGCUUUAGACGACGACGGGAACCUCACCGCCCUAGGUGCUACGAUGGCCGAGUUUCCUCUAGACCCGCAGCUAUCGAAGCUGCUGAUUGUUAGCUCAGAAUUCAAAUGCAGUAAUGAGAUGUUGACGAUCACCGCGAUGAUGUCAGUACCCAAUGUGUGGCUUCGACCGAACAAUCAAAGACAACAGGCGGACGCUGCAAAGGCUCUAUUGACAGUUCCUGACGGAGAUCAUCUGACGUUGUUGAAUGUUUAUAACCAGUACAUGCAAAAUAUACAUGACAAGAACUGGACAUGGACACACUACCUCUCCCAUCGUGCGCUGCAACAAGCAGACAAUGUUCGUGCGCAGCUACAGCGGACGAUGGAGCGCUUCGAUAUAGACUUGGUGUCACUCUCAGACGAGAAGAAGCUAUACACCAACAUCCGACAAGCCUUGGUCGUUGGCCUCCAUCCAUCCUGCGGUCUGGAUACCCAACCUGAGUGGGUCCUCUUCAACGAAUUCGUGCUGACCACCCGACCGUACAUCCGCACCGUGUCGGAAGUUAGGCCUGAAUGGCUCCUUGAGUACGCAGGAAACUAUUUCGAUCUCUCGACCUUCAUCGAUGGAGAGACGAAGCGAGCGUUGCAGCUCGUUAUCAACAAGAGGGCAGGCAAGUUUUCGAAGAGGAUUGAUAGUGGGAAGGACAACCGUAAAGCUAGGAAGCAAAAGAGCAAUCGUUGA